CUUGCAUUUGCAUGGAGCAGGCUUUUUCCCCUCCACCUAGACUUGAAUUGCACAACAUAAAGGCAGCAUAAAGUAUUUGCUCUCUGAUUCCACAUGAAGAACUUCAGCUUUUGCAGGAAACCUAGAGCUCUUUGGAAGCCAGGCAUUCCACAAUGAAGAGCUUUCUGGCUUUCCUUGUUGCAGUGGGCACCAUGGUGACCCUGGCUGAUGCAGGCUGCGUUACUGCACUUCAGGUUCCAGGGAGGCCCUUCAGAGGCUGUAUGUGGAAUGGAAAACUGUAUCCCUAUGGAUUCAUUGAGAGGACAGAAGAUUGCUACAAAUGCAGCUGUGAUGAACGUUCAAUGGAAUGCUGUGACAUCUCUGCCACUUCUUUUAAUUAUGACAGUAAGAAAUGUAAAGUUGUUUUCAAGAGGAAGUUCUGUCGCUAUGAUGUGGUGCAGAGGGACGACCCCUCACAGCCAUGUUUUGUUGUUGGUGCUGCUGGCUAACACCUGCUCCAAACCUCCCUGCAUUGUGUCCUACAGAUGCUUUGACACCCCAGAGAAGCACGAUGAUAUGCGGAAAUCUCAUAAGAGAGCACUUCAGUAGCUGCCUUCUGACCUCCUAAGUGUUGCAAUUAAAGUUAUCAGAUGCAUAAUCAGAUAGAUUACCUAAUUUCUGUCAUGAUUGCAUUUAUUGGCUACAAUAAACUGAGAGUAAACAUCCAUAAA